CUUCGCCUUGCCCACAUGACACUAUCUCAUAGUGUCAUUUUUCAUAACGUUAAACAGAUUGGGUCAAAAUUUAUUUUCUUCAAGAUAAAGCAUACGCAUUUCAGCCGUACAAUGUUUAAAAUUGUGUGCUUAUUUGUGUGCGUGGGAAUAGUCUUGUCAGAAAAGUCGGAAUAUGGAUCAGAACAUUGCCGGAAUGUUUUAGCUACAGACUGUAGUGGUUAUCCUCCUGCACCAAUGUGUGGUGCUGACGGUCGCACCUACCAAAAUAGCUGCGAAUUUGCGCACGGAAUCUGUUCACACCAUGGCCAUACCUUGCACGCUGUACACCAUGGUCCAUGCACUGGAACAGACACGCCAUAAAAAGGUCCAUUUAGCCUUAAAUUAAAAGCUAAAUUUCAAUAAAAAAGUCAAAGAUAAAGAUAUAAA